CACAUUCAUUAGCAAUAAUCAUGGUUAGUUGGAAGUUUGGCGGUGACGCCAGUUCCGCUACGGAGGGCGAACGCGUUCGUCUUCUUGACCAAUCUAGGGUUAUGGGCGAAUCUAUAGCUGCCCUUGGUGACUCCCGCCGGGUAUUGGAGGAUACCACUCAGCUAGGCUCUAAUGUUAUGAGCAAAUUAUUAUCGCAGCGUGAGACUAUUAUCCGCUCUACGCAAUAUGCUCAGGAGACUGGCUCUUUACAGCGCGAGACUCGCAACCUUCUUCGCGCUGAGAGUCGAUCUGAUUUUUACACGAAGGUUGUGAUGUAUUUUACCAUUGUGUGUUUGGUCAUAGCUAACAUUUUGGCUAUACUUCACCGCAUACUCAAGUGAACACCAUUGUUGCCUUUAUGUUUUAAAUCU